AUUAUAAAAAUUAAAAAGUGAUUUUCUUUGCCCUGUCACAUUGAUUUUCGUCAUAAACCGCUCGAUCUAUAAACGAAUAACGUUCUACAUAAGUCUAUCAUCUACCUUGGUAUAAGAUAUGAACAAAAUACUUAGUACGUUCGAGAGAACCCUGAACAAGCGGACCGCUUUUUCGCUAUUCCACACGGCUACAGCGAAUCGAGAUAAUCAAUUUCGAUCUACGAGUGUGGUUUGCCCGCCGCAGUUGACUCCGGUUUCAAUCGGUUCAUCGAUCAGCAAGGACGAGUAUGAAAAAUUCAUGGCAGUAUUCCCAGAAAUUGUCAACGAUUUGACGGACAACGACCUUAACUUAGACGUGCCCGACGUCAGUAAGUGGCUCGAAAAGCUGUUGCGAUAUAACGUACCUAGUGGUAAGAAUAACCGAGGACUGACGUUGGUACUAUCAUUCAAGAUGUUAUCCUCGCCAUCUGUCCAGACCAAUGAAAAUCUUAAAUUAUCCUAUAUACUAGGAUGGUGUGUCGAAAUCCUGCAAGCUUAUCAAUUAGUGUUAGAUGACAUUAUGGAUAAUGCUAUUACCAGACGAGGACGUCCGUGUUGGUAUCGACAAAACGAUAUUAGUCUAAUAGCAAUUAACGAUGGUAUUCUCCUAGAACAGGCCAUUUACCAAUUGCUUAAAAAAUAUUUCAAGGAUAAGCCUUACUAUAAAAACAUUCUGGAACUGUUCUAUGACGUUACAAUGAAAUCUGCAAUGGGUCAGUGUCUCGAUAUGUUAACUGCGAAAAGCUUCAAGUCUAAAAAACUUGAAAAAUACACCAUGGAUAAUUAUACAGCUAUUGUGAAAUAUAAAACUGCGUAUUAUUCAUUUUUUCUUCCCGUGUGUCUCGCCAUGCAUAUGACAAACAUAAAUGACCAAGAAAUAUUUAGACAAGCAAAAGCUAUAUUGCUUGAGAUGGGUCAAUUCUUUCAAGUUCAAGAUGACUUUUUAGAUUGCUAUGGAGAUCCGGAGGUCACGGGAAAAAUAGGUACAGACAUAGAAGAUGGAAAAUGUUCGUGGUUGGCUGUAGUAGCUUUACAAAAAGUCAAUUCUGAACAAAAAAAAAUUAUGGAGGACAAUUACGGUAUUGACGAUCCAACCAAUGUUGCAGUCAUUAAAGAUUUGUAUGAACAAUUGAAAUUACCAAAUGCGUUUCAACUCUACGAAGAAGAUUGUUAUAAAUUAAUAAAUUCUCGUAUUCAACAUUCAUCCCAAGGAUUGUCACAAGACAUGUUUUUCAAAUUCUUGGAAAAUAUUUACCAG